AUGGAAGAAACCAUUGAGCUUUCACCUGAGGGAAACUCUCUGAUAAAAGCUGUUUAUCACAGAAGACUUCGUCUCACAAGAUUAUUACUAGAAGGUGGGGCUUAUAUUAAUGAAAGCAAUGACCGUGGUGAAACACCCUUAAUGGUUGCUUGUAAGACAAAGCAUGUAGACCGUCAAAGCGUUAGCAAACUCAAAAUGGUGAAAUAUCUUCUGGAAAAUAGGGCAGAUCCAAACAUACAGGACAAAACUGGAAAGACAGCCUUGAUGCAUGCAUGCUUGCAAAAAGCAGGCCCUGAAGUGGUUUCUUUACUGCUUAAAAGUGGAGCUGAUGUAAGUCUACAAGACCAUUCUGGUAAUUCAGUUCUUGUUUACUCAGUGAAUUCAGAGGAUAAGGAAACCCUCAAAGUUAUUCUAGAUGCUUGCAGAGCAAAAGGGAAAGAAGUCAUAAUCAUUACGAAAGAGAGAUCUCCAUCUGGAAGGCAAAGAACUAGGCAGUACUUAAAUGUGCCUCCACCUGAGAGUGAUGAAUCUCAAAAUCCAAGUUCUUGCACUUCUCCAUCCGAAGUAGAAGUUAAAACCUCUCUGUCUCCACCUGCAAACUCAAAAGAAACAGAAAAGGAUCUCUUUAACUUUAAAGAGCCUAAUUACCCUGGAAGAAAGGAAGCUGCGCCUGAACCACACUCUCCUUCAAGAAAAACACACAUCGGACCUCAAAUGCAGCACAUGCAUUCUGAACCUUGGAUGAAACCUCCCUCUUCACUCUUGGAUCAGAAUCAAAUAUCCUCUUUACAAGAAGAGCUUCAAGAUAUAACUCCAGAGGAAGAAUUGUUUCUUAAAAUCAAUAGUCUAGCCCUGUCUAAGAGAUUUAUCACUAGACAUCACAGCAUUGAUAUAAAAGAUACCCUUAAUUUCUUGAAAAACUUUGAGCAAACUGCCUCAAGAAAAAUGUCAUGUGAUGAGAUAAAUUCUAAUUCGCUCUUUGGCGAGACAAAUCGGAGUGAAGUCUCCGUAGACCAGAAUCCAGAUUCAGCCCAAACGAGCUUUGUUUCCACACUGAAGAGCAUUGUUCAAAGGAGAAAUUUAGGAGCAAAUCACUACAGUUCUGAUUCACAGUUAACCACAAGUUUGGGUCCCCUUACAGAAGAUAGCAAAUUGCUUCUAGGGAAGAAAAAGCGUCUCUCCCCAUCACCAUCAUUGUCAUCGAGUUCCAGAGAACUAAUCGAAAACAUGCCUCCCAGUUUCUUGAGCAGGAGAAAUCAUGCUAUUUUAGAGAGGCGGGGUUCAGAUCAUACUGCCCUAGCUCGACCUGGUUUCCUUCCCCCUUUAAAUGUAAACCCUCAUCCCCCAAUUCCUGAUAUUUACAAGAUUAAUACAAUGGUUUCUUGUGGACAAAAGACCCUAAUCCCAACUGCACCCACUUACCCCAAGGACUUAAAAAGUAAGACACUAUUGACCAGGAGGCAGUCAUUACAAACUGAGCAGAUCAAGCAACUAGUGAAUUUUUAG